GGGCUCAGGCGCCGGGAGCGCGUCAUUCUCGGCGCGACGCCGCCUGAGGAAGCCUGGGGUCUGCGGCCGGCAGCGAGCUUCCGGCCCGGCCUGAGGCUGCGGCGGCAGAGGAGGAGGCCCAGGCCCAGCGCAGGCGGGGAAGAUGCCCGUGGCGGUGAUGGCGGACAACGCCGCCUUCAGCUUCAAGAAGCUGCUGGAUCAGUGCGAGAACCAGGAGCUCGAGGCUCCCGGAGGAGUUGCUGCACCCCCUGUUUACGGACAGCUCCUGGCUCUGUACUUACUGCACAAUGACAUGAAUAAUGCCCGCUAUCUUUGGAAAAGAAUUCCUCUUGCUAUAAAGUCGGCAAAUUCUGAACUGGGGGGCAUCUGGUCGGUAGGCCAGAGAAUCUGGCAGAGAGAUUUCCCAGGAAUCUACACAACCAUCAGCUCCCAUCAGUGGUCGGAGACUGUCCAGCCCAUCAUGGAAGCACUCAGAGAUGCCACCAGGCGACGAGCCUUCGCACUGGUUUCUCAGGCUUAUACCUCGAUUAUCGCUGAUGAUUUUGCUGCCUUUGUUGGACUUCCUGUAGAAGAAGCAGUGAAAGGUGUCUUAGAGCAAGGAUGGCAAGCCGACUCCACCACAAGGAUGGUGAUGCCCAAGAAGCCCGGUUCCCUGGAUGUCUCCUUUAACAGAUUUAUUCCUUUAGCAGAGCCUGCUCCAGUUCCACCGAUCCCCAACGAACAACAGUUAGCCAGACUGACCGACUAUGUGGCUUUUCUUGAAAACUGAUGCAUCCUCUUUUCUGUUCGAGAUCAAACUUGGGAAUCCUGUGUACUGACCAAUCCAGAAAAGCAACAUUUUCUUUGUGUUCUGUUGGAUGAAGCACCCUGCCAUUCUUUAUUAGAACAUGGGAUAAAAUGCAUAUGUUAGAUACAUAAUUUUGAUCCUUAAACAUUGUGCUGAAUUCCCCAUUGAACGGCUUCUUAGUCCCAUAAUAUUUAUUAAUCUGGAGUACAACAGUAUUAUGUCUUAUUCUGUAGUGAUUCCUGAUGGGGAAACAUACCUGUCUCCAUCAGUGGUUUUUAAAUAUAGUAGGUUGGCAAAGACAGUUAUCUCCUUAUUAGCAAACUGGCUCGGCAAAACGUAGCUCUUCUCUGCUGAUGUUCCAGUGUACCCUCUGCUGACAGUCGGGAGCAUGCCAAGAGAGAGGACAGAGGCUAUGAAGGGAGCAAGGAAAAGAGGACAGACUUCUCAAAGUGGGGAGAAUGUCUGAGGGGCCUGGUUCACCCAGAGAAGGGAAGUGAUGAGUCCAAAAGUUGUUCCCCAGGUGGUGGGAUGCCACUUCCUCCUAGCAUAUACCCUCCUGAACAAGAAGCGUAUCCCAUGCCUCUGCCCCUCCCUCUUUUGGAUAAGGGCUUUGGCAUUUGGGGCCUUGCUUUUAGGCCGUCCUCUUGUUGCCGAGGAUAUCGGGUGCUGGGUCUAGAGGGAAGGACAGGCCUGUCUUUGCUGCAUUGGCCGGUUGAUGAAAACUUGCUUACGAAAGAAAUUAGAUAGUAGAUUACAAGGAAAUCUAGGCCGUGUUGUUGAUCUCUGAGAACGACGCUCUCGAAAUUCUGGAGUUUAAAGUUGGUUCCCCGUUUAGAAGGAGGUAGCUUGGAUCACUAUCAUGAUUCUGUUCAGAAAUAGAAUUUCACAAAUUCAUGGCGAUUGACCGAGUCCUGCAUUUCUUUCACCUUUUCAUGGUGGUAAAUGUCGUUUAAUAAGUGCUUUUUAUCGGGUGGUUUCCUUCAUUUGUGAGACUGGUAGAUUCUGAUAUUUGUAGUAAGAUUUCCUUCAGCGCACUGUACUACUGUACAUUUUUGGAAAACAUUCGUUGUUUUUCAAAGGGUCCUGAAAUUGUGCACUGUUAUUUUAAAAGUCAAUUAAACAUGUGUGACAAUUAAUCACAUAGGAUAUUUAUUUGAACCCAUUGAAGUCAUGGCGCUUUUUCUAAGUGUUGAAGGAAAUGUAAUUUCAGUGACAUUAAAUGUGUUUACACUAA